CAGCCAAUCUUGUGGGGAACCCUUCUUCAUCUCCAGACAGAACCUCCCUAAUGAGAGUUCUUCUGGCCAGCUUUGGUUCACUCUGACUUGUUGGAGGGCCCCAAACCACAUGUCAUAGGCCAGGGGCCACCUUGCAAGUACCCAGUGGGUGGAAAUUAUCUGUCCCUCAGACUGCUGCCUGGGCUUUUGCUUGCAUGCUCAGUUCUCCACGUGUGAUUGUGUUUUCUCUUCGGAAGAUGCAAGUUAAACUUGGUAGCGUAAAAGCGAAGGGAGCAAUAACUGUAGUGGCUGAAAUGCAAUUUUUAGAACUGUUGAGUUUUUAAUUGGGUUUAAUUACUAAUUCUUCUUUGUGUUGUGUUGGCUGGGCUUGUUUUCUUCCCUAGAUAGUUUGGAUGUUCUGCAGUUACACUGAUUUUGUAUCCAUCGAGGAAAAAAAAAAUAUAUAAAUACAGAUUCAAUUUAUACUGAAUAGAUGGAUUAAACUGAAGUCAUUCUGCCUUCUCUUCAUAAUCUCUUAAGAGAUUUAGUAGAACGAAAACCAAAUUGUCUAAAGAUCUAACUUUAGUGCUAAAACUAAAAUGUGUUGUUUGUUGUUUCAGAUAGCUGUGUACGUAACUUUGUUGGAGAGUCCUGCUUUUCACUGCCUGGAUCCUUUUAACAGUGUGCCAAAGAAGGACUCCAUGAAAGAUGACAGAAGAAGUUAUUGUUAUUGCAAAGUGGGAUUACACUGCGCAGCAGGACCAAGAACUUGACAUCAAGAAAAAUGAGCGUCUUUGGCUAUUAGACGAUUCCAAGACAUGGUGGAGGGUAAGAAACGCGGCCAACAAAACGGGAUACGUGCCAUCAAAUUAUGUGGAGCGAAAAAACAGCUUGAAGAAAGGCUCUCUGGUUAAAAAUCUAAAAGACACGUUGGGCUUAGGAAAAACAAAAAGAAAGACAAGCGCGCGAGAUGCCUCUCCCACUCCCAGCACAGAUGCAGAGUACCCUUCCAACGGCAGCAGCGCAGACCGCAUUUAUGACCUCAACAUUCCAGCCUACGUCAAAUUUGCCUAUGUGGCGGAGAGAGAGGAUGAACUGUCCCUUGUCAAAGGGUCCCGGGUCAUUGUCAUGGAGAAGUGCAGCGAUGGCUGGUGGAGAGGGAGCUACAAUGGACAGAUUGGCUGGUUUCCUUCGAACUAUGUGGUAGAGGAAGUUGAGGAGGCCACAGCAGAUUCGCCGAGCUUUCUGAGCUUGAGGAAAGGCGCUUCCAUGAGUAACGGCCAGGGCACCAAAGUACUCCACGUUGUUCAGACACUGUAUCCAUUCAGCUCCGUCACAGAAGAAGAGCUCAAUUUUGAAAAAGGGGAAACAAUGGAAGUCAUUGAAAAGCCAGAAAAUGACCCAGAAUGGUGGAAAUGUAAAAAUUCCAGAGGGCAAAUUGGUCUUGUUCCUAAAAACUAUGUAGUAAUCAUUAGUGAUGGUCCUACCAUUAACACUUCCCAUCCACCUCAGAUAAGCUACACGGGACCAUCUUCUACCGGACGAUUUGCUGGAAGAGAGUGGUAUUAUGGGAAUGUUACCCGACAUCAAGCAGAAUGUGCCCUAAACGAGAGGGGAGUGGAAGGAGAUUUCCUUGUUAGAGAUAGUGAAUCUUCGCCAAGUGACUUCUCGGUAUCUCUAAAGGCAUCGGGGAAGAACAAACAUUUCAAGGUGCAGCUCAUGGACAAUGUCUAUUGUAUUGGGCAGCGUCGCUUUAAUACUAUGGAUGAGUUGGUGGAACACUACAAAAAGGCUCCCAUCUUCACCAGUGAACACGGGGAAAAGCUAUAUCUUGUGAAAGCACUUCAGUGACGAUGAAGAUGGACUUGGCCACCCAGGCCUCUUCUAACUUCCAAGCCUUAGGUCCUAAAAUCACUUUUAUAGAGCAGAGCAAUAUCCGAAGCAGGCUUAAAGAGUAGGCUCUUUCUAACGUGUUUGCUCUGUUGGUUGUUAUUUGUCCUUUUUCGUUUGCCUACUUUUGUGUUUCAGUUCUGUUAAUCUCAGAUCACCUCCCUUCAGGUUGAGAAGUUCACCUCUGUGGCCAUUGUAAGCACUCACUUCCAUGUCCGAGUUCUAAACUCCCCUCUUCUGUGUACGUUUACAUAGUUAGCUCGGAUAAAGGAGGGGGGUUUGCAAUUCAACCCAGUGUUAACCUGUUCAAAUUGCUCACGCAGACAUACAGAACUCUUCAUUAAGAGACAUCGGGCACAGUUUGAAUGCACUGAGGCUGCAGCUAAGUAAGUGAGAUAUAGUAGACAUAACAGUUGUGGCUGUGAGUUCUGUAGCUAUAUUGCUUACCAGGUAGUAUAUUACAAAAACUCCUAGUUCCUAGAAGCACUCUUUACACUGUACUCUGCUAUUACAUUGCCUCUCUGACUCUUUGCAAAGAGUACACUAAUUAAAGCGUUUUGUAAUAGUACUUCUUAAACUACUAUGGUAAGAUUGUAGUAAAAGAAAACUAUCUAGUGUAUUUUGGUCUGUAAUUGCAACAAAGAGAAAUUUUAUUUGAAAGUUGAUUACUAAAAAGAGAUUCAUUGAAUUGUAAAGACUGAAUGUUUUGGUAAUCUACAACCAAAUGUGCCAUCCACAUAAUGCUUUUUCCUCUUGCCCUUCUGCUUGUUUGAAUUAAACAAUUAUGUAUUUAAUUCUCAAAGUAAUAUGUAUCUGUAGCUGAUUGUUGACACUAAUACAGAAGAUUAAUAAAAACUGAUCAGGGGACAGGGUGGGGUGGGCUUCCAACACUAUAUAUAUAUUUGCUUUACAGAAAGGAAUCUUCAGGUUUUACAGAGGGUGGUGUGAUUGGUAGGAAGAGACACACAGAAUGUUUAUGAAGAAAAUGCUUUUUUCUCUUUACUUUACAUUUAAACUCCUUUAUGGUUUAAAUAUACAGUCUUUAGAUGGCACACUCCUGAGAUUGAAGAAGGGAUCUUGAGAUCUCAAAAUCUUGCGUACUCAGUUUUUUGGAUAUUGUAAUAAAAAAGGUAUUAUGUCA